AGGAAGGUACAUUUACACAUGAAAAUUGCUAAAUCGGAACGUGCUAAGAUAUCGUUCUCUCUAUCGGUCAAGGCAUUCAAGUUCCUGUUUCACUGAAGAGCUUCUGCCUCCUCAAUGUGGCUCCCUCUGCUGGUAGUAGCGUUGGCGCUGCUCCUCGUGUACAGAUGGCACAGGCAGAAACAGAUACUGGAAAAUCUCUCGGAUAAAUAUGUGCUGAUCACUGGCUGUGACACAGGACUUGGGAACGUCCUGGCGAAGCAGCUGGACCGGCAUGGGAUGCGGGUGCUGGCAGCCUGUCUGACAGAGAAAGGGGCUGAGGAUCUGAAGAAGGAGACAUCUAGCAGACUGCAGACAGCAAUUGUGGAUAUUUCUGACAGUCAGAGUGUGAGCUCUGCUGUUGAAUGGGUCACUCGCAUAGUUGGUGAUGCAGGUCUAUGGGGUUUGGUCAAUAAUGCUGGAACCAUUGUCCCCGCAGCUCCUAUUGGAUGGCUUAAAAAGGAGGAUUAUGCUCGGGUGCUUAAUAUAAACUUGCUAGGAACAGUAGAUGUUACAUUGAAACUGCUGCCACUGGUUAGGAGAGCAAGGGGUCGAAUUAUUAUUGUGUCUAGUAUUCUUGGAAGGCUCUCCGUAUUUGGAGGUGGAUACGCUUUAUCUAAAUUCGGUUUGGAAGCUUUUGGUGACAGUCUUCGGAGGGAGCUCUCCAGCUUUGGUGUUAAGGUUUCCAUUGUGGAACCAGGUGCUUUCAAAACAUCCAUUAUAAGUUCGCCUGCAUUUGAAGGUUUGGCGCAAAUAUGGAAGAAUCUUCCUGCUGAAAUUAAAGAGAGUUAUGGAGAACAGUAUUACAAAAAAUUUGCACAGACUUUUCAAGCUCUGGCUGACGCAGCGAGUUCGACAUUCUACAAAGUCUCAGACUGUAUGGAACAUGCAUUAACUGCUUGUCACCCGUGGACACGUUACUCUGCUGGAUGGGAUGCAAAGUUAUAUUUCAUUCCUCUUUCCUAUUUGCCAACAUGCAUAUCAGACCUGUUAUUAUCUGUGUAUUUACCAAAACCCUAUCGGAGGGUGGAGUAGAAGCCAUAUUUACUGGAAUCUUUUACGCACAAAAUUGAACGCACAAAAUUAUUUCACAGUCUAUU